CAGCGUGGAGUGCUGGGGUUUAGCCAGCCUUCGACACACGCCCACGAAAGGAUGCCUGAGCGGUGGUCACUAGGACACGUCGAGCAGGGUCCCCCUUGUCUUCCAAAACUUCCACGGGUGCACCCUUUGCGGGUGUGGGGGAGGGGCGGCCAUGGGAAAAUGAAACUUUCCAAACUGCAUCGCUUAAACCCUCAGAGCUGUCCGGUGCGCCUGCAGGGAUCAUGGAUCACGGGUGGGAGAGUCUUCUCCGCCUCCACCGCCCCCGCAGUUCCAGGCGCAUUAACGCCCCCACGACAGCCCGCGCCCCUGAAUCCCAGUUGGUGCAUGUCACCGAAAGGCCAGAGUCCCUACAGGCCCAGCCCCAGCCUGCACAGAUGCUGGCCGUGCCCGGCCCAGUGGCGCAAAGGGGACGGCUUGGAGCUGGCCACCGCGGCCUCAGCUCCCCUUGUCCUCGCAGUCGCUGUGCAGCGCGGGGAAUCUAGUGAACGUGAGGGGCGCCCUCUGGCCGGGGUUCUGCAACCGUCCCGUCCAGGGACGCGAGCGGUAGGUCACCGGAGGUAGCAGCGCGCACAGGCAACGGACGCGCCGCCGUGAGGUCAGCGGGCGUGCACCCUCCAAUUCCGUUCCCCGAGGGCCGCGUGACCGGCCGCAGCCAAUCCGGAGCUAAAGCGGGUUGUUCCAAAAAAAAAAAAAAACCCAGUUGCUUCCUGCUUCCGCCGAGAUUCCUCUUCCUGUCUGCGAACGGGAGCCCUGUGCCCUGCGCGUCCCCGGAGCCCGAGUCCCGCGAACCCCGGUGCCCCGCACCCCGGAGCCCCUGACCCCCGGAGCUGGCGCUUCGCUUCCCCGGAGUCCCUGCGUCGCCCCGUGACUGAGCCUCACCCCCUCUGCUGGCCCGAGGCCGCGUCCCCGGAGCCCCCGUGUCCCAGCGCGGUCCCCGGAGUCCCGGCGACGGAGGCCACCCACCGCCCGAGCCCGCGGAGAGCGCCGCCCUCCUCCGCCCCACCGGCGCCAUGGCCGCCCCCGACCUGUCCACCAAUCUCCAGGAGGAGGCCACCUGUGCCAUCUGCCUCGACUACUUCACCGACCCCGUGAUGACCGACUGCGGCCACAACUUCUGCCGCGAGUGCAUCCGGCGCUGCUGGGGCCAGCCCGAGGGCCCGUACGCCUGCCCCGAGUGUCGCGAGCUGUCCCCGCAAAGGAACCUGCGGCCCAACCGCCCGCUCGCCAAGAUGGCCGAGAUGGCGCGGCGCCUGCACCCGCCGUCGCCCGUCCCGCAGGGCGUGUGCGCCGCGCACCGCGAGCCGCUGGCCGCCUUCUGCGGUAUGGAGCGCACAAGUGACAUCGUGCCAGCGUUUCGCUGCCAGGGUCACACUGGCUUCACCUCUCCACAGGGAAAGCUGGAGAAGUCCCUGGAGCAUCUACGGAAGCAAAUGGAGGACGCGCUGUUGUUCCAGGCCCAGGCUGAGGAGACCUGUGCCUUGUGGCAGAAGAUGGUGGAGAGCCAGCGGCAGAAUGUGCUGGCGGAGUUCGAGCGGCUGCGCCGGCUGCUGGCGGAGGAGGAGCAGCGGCUGCUGCAGAGGCUGGAGGAGGAGGAACUGGAGGUCCUGCCCCCGCUCCGGGAGAGCGCUGCGCGCCUGGGGCAGCAGAGCGCGCAGCUGGCCGAGCUCAUCGCGGAGCUGGAGGGGCGCUGCCAGCUGCCAGCUCUGGGGCUACUGCAGGACAUCAGGGACACCCUGCGCAGGGUCCAGGACGUGAAGCUGCAGCCGCCUGAGGUGGUACCCAUGGAGAUGAGGACGGUGUGCAGGGUCCCCGGGCUGGUGGAGGCCCUGCGGAGGUUCCGAGGGGACGUGACCCUGGAUCCUGACACCGCCAACCCCGAGCUGGUCCUGUCGGAGGACAGGAAGAGCGUGCGGCGUGGGGACCUGCGGCAGGCGCUGCCCGACAGCCCCGAGCGCUUCGACCCCGGCCCCUGCGUGCUGGGCCAGGAGCCCCUCACGUCGGGCCGUCACUACUGGGAGGUGGAGGUGGGGGAGCGGGCCAGCUGGGCGCUGGGCGUCUGCCGGGAGACGGCCAACCGCAAGGAGAAGGGCGAGCUGUUCGCCGGCAAUGGCUUCUGGAUCCUGGUGUUCCUGGGCAGCUACUACGACUCGUCCGAGCGCGCCUUCUCCCCCCUGCGCGCGCCGCCGCGGCGCGUGGGCAUCUUCCUGGACUACGAGGCCGGGCACCUGGCCUUCUACAGCGCCACCGACGGCUCGCUGCUGUACGCCUUCCCCGAGACCCCCUUCUCGGGGACCCUGCGGGCUCUCUUCUCGCCUCUGUCCAGCAGCCCCACGCCCAUGACCAUCUGCAGGCCGAAAGGCGGGCCAGGGGACGCGCUGGCCCCCCAGUGAGGGCGGGGGCAGGUCCCGGGGCUCUUCCCCCUGGCUCGAGGGAUUGGGGUCUCCCAGCUGCGCGGGGUAGUGCCAUCCUCCGAGCUGGGGAGGCGCACGAAGCGGUGCACUGGCUCCUGGAGUGUGUGCAGGCCUGCCUACGCCUGUCCUGCGCCACAGGGCCCUGAGACCCCGGCCACCAGCUCUGGCGGCAGAGCCCUGCAGAGGUCUAGGGAGAGGCCCCGCGUUUAUGGGACUUCUGGGGUUGAAGCCUGAGCCCCUGGCCGGAGGCAGGCCCCAGCCCCCGCACUGUGUCCAGGUCCCUCCCUUUACAAGGUAGGGCCGGGGCUGAUUGCUCCAGAAGAGCCGGGCACCAGGUGGUAGGUGGGGGCAGCCCAAGGAAGCUGGGAUCGCAGGUCACCGGGCGGAGUCACCGCGCCCCCUCCCCCGAAACCGGACCACUUGGGUCUUCCGGGAAAUGCUCUCCGCUGGGCUUCCGGUCAGCUGGGGCAGGUGUGUGGGCCUCCCCAGUGAGCAGGCGGGGAGCCCACCGUCUCCCCCGGGCAGAGACCCACCGGCUGGACUUGCCCUCCCGCCGAUCCCAGAGCUCCGUGGGCGUGGUCCUCAGGCUCGUGCCCGGCCUGGGGGCAGGCGAGGCGCAGACAGCCCCCUCUCCCUCCUGCAGUCUGGGAUUCGUCUUUGCUUCAUUCGGACUCUGGGUCACCCUGCUUAAAGGUGUGCUGCGGAUUCUUUGUACUCCUAGAUUUUAUUUAUUGUAAGGACUGUUCUCACAGUAAAUAAACUAACCGUCUGUAA